ACAAUCUUUCCCUUUAAUAUGUAUUUUUCUCUGAAUUCUUCUAAAAUACAAAAGGAUUGGAAACAUCAUUGGGUUUUCUCUUGUUAAAAUUAAAAUAGAGAAAAUUUUGUGAGAUAUGUUAUAUAGAUACGGGCGUAUUUUCUGAAAUUUGAAAACUUAAGGGUACAAAGUGCAAAGUCGUUGAAUUUUGAGGUUUGUAUUAAAUCUGAAAUUAUCUGGUGGAAGAAACUAUUCGGUGGAGGAGACGAUUUGAAACGAUAUCGGGAAUGAGAUCCCCUAGAACGUUGGAGGUUUGGAGGCUAGGCACUGUCAACUAUUUGAAAUCCCUUAAAAUUCAAGACAAGUUAGUUUCCGAGAGAAAAGCUCAUCAAAUUCCAGAUACCCUUCUCUCCCUUCAGCAUCCACCGACUUACACACUUGGAAAACGUAGAACCGAUCACAAUCUACUGAUCACUCAAUCUGAACUCACAAAAAUUGGAGCUGAGCUUCAUUAUACUCAAAGAGGAGGAGACAUCACAUUCCAUGGCCCUCAUCAAGCCAUCUUAUACCCCAUCAUUUCUUUACGCAGCAUUGGUUUUGGUGCUAGGAACUAUGUGGAGACAUUGGAGCGGUCAAUGAUCGAAUUUGCUUCCAUGUAUGGUGUGAAAGCUCGUGCAGGAAACAAAUGUGAGACUGGGGUUUGGGUCGGGGAUAGAAAGAUUGGUGCUAUUGGGGUUAGGAUAUCUUCUGGAAUCACUUGUCAUGGUUUGGCCUUUAACAUUGAUCCUGACUUGAAGUACUUUGAGCACAUUGUGCCUUGUGGGAUUGCUGAUAAGGAGGUUACAUCUUUGAGAAGAGAGACGGAUGCUCUGCUUCCCUCGGAAGAAGUGAUUCAUAAGCAGUUGAUUACUUGUUUGGCCAAAGCCUUUUCUUAUGAUGAUGUUGUGUGGAAGGAAGAUCCCUCGGUCAUUUUGGACACCAAAGAUGUCUAAUAAUCCGGUUUGAUUCUCUUCGUUUGUCUCCCAAAAGUAAUAUCAUCUUACUGGAUCAAGCAACCCUAUAAAUUCUAAUCUAGUCAAGUUUUAUAUUCA